GUUUGUUUCUCUCUCAUUAUUCCUUCAUCCAGGUCCUGUUGCUGACAUUAGAUUCAGUGUCUCUGAGCUGGAGUUCUCCUCAGGGGCUGACAGGACCACAGACAUUCAGAGUGACCUGGGGGUGUGACGGGGAAACAAGCUCAACAAGAGUGAAAGGUGGGCAUCAUCUUGAAAUAAGCAGUCUCCAACCUGGUAAAAAGUACCAGUUCAACGUGGCUACAGAGGGAGAAGAUGGAAGCCAAAGCAGAUGUGUCUCAGCAUCCCUAUCCACAGUGGUCCCACCCAGAGAUUUCAAGAUAGACCAUUUGGAAGAGACCUCCUUCACUCUCCACUGGUCCAAUGCUGAAGGGAUGGGGAAAGUCCCACAGCACUUCUUCAUAUCCAACUGUAUCCCAGGAACAGACCCCCUCACAGCCAAUACUGACGACUGCCACAAAACCUUCUCAAACCUGCAACCCGGCACCGAGUACACUGUUAUUGUUGCAACUGUACUGACCAAUGGGGAACAGAGUGAACCUGUCUCUACAACAAUCUGCACUAUACUUCCUGCUCCAGACCAGCUGACUGUUGAUGCCGUAGACACCACAUCAGCUGCUGUUAGCUGGAACCAGCCACCAGGAUUGGACCAAACCCAACAUCAUUACCAGAUCUCCUACCGCUGUCCAGGGACAGAACCACACAUCACUACCACAUCUUCACACAGCAUCACUCUCUCUGACCUGAAACCUGCUACUGAAUACUCUGUCACUGUCUGCACUGUGCUGGAAAAUGGAAAGCAAAGUCAACUGGUAUUAACAACCCUCACCACAGGUGGUACUCAGUACUCUGUCACUGUCAGCACUGUGCUGGAAAAUGGAAAGCAAAGUCAACUGGUGUUAACAACCCUCACCACAGUGUGA